AUGCUCGCCCUCACCGCCGUCGCCCUCGGCCUCAUCGCUGCCGGAGCUCACGCCGCCCCUUCAGCCUCGGCAUCUCUCACUGAGCGCGCCUCGACGCCCAACAGCCAGGGAACGAGCAAUGGCUUCUUCUACAGCUUCUGGAGCGACGGAGGCGCCGACGCUACAUACACCAACCUCGAUGGAGGAAGCUACAGCAUCGAGUGGUCUGAUGGCGGAAACCUUGUUGGUGGAAAGGGUUGGAACCCUGGACUGGAUGCCAGGGCCAUCUCCAUCUCCGGUACAUACCAGCCCAACGGCAACAGCUACCUCUCCGUGUACGGAUGGAUGCGCGACCCGCUGGUAGAGUACUACAUCGUCGAGAAUUUUGGUACCUACGACCCUUCGAGCGGCGCCUCCAGCAUCGGCGAGGUGACGUGCGACGGGUCGACGUACAGCCUCGGCGUGGCCACGCGCACAGACGCCCCCAGCAUCAACGGUACCCAGACCUUUAAGCAGUACUGGUCCGUCCGCAAGGACAAGCGCACCGCCGGCACCGUCCAGACUGGCUGCCACUUUGACGCCUGGAAGGCCGCCGGUCUCGACAUGGGAGACCACGACUACCAGAUCGUCGCUACCGAAGCCUACUUCAGCAGCGGAUCGGCGUCCAUCACCGUCGCUGAUGUCGGAGGCAACUGA